AUGGAUCGACAUGAAAAUCGUCAGAGAAGAACAACAAGCAAAGACACCAAAUACGGAAAGAAACUGAUCAAGAAGAUCCACGGAGACUUGCAGGAAGGAGCGCAUAUGGGCAGAGACAAGACUUACCACAAAGUCAAGGAGACUGUUUGUGCCAGAUUUGGAGUUCCAAAGAUCAAUUUCGUUACAAUGGCUCAACUGUUGUUAAAAAUGUGUUAA